GUUAAUAUAGAACGGGAAGAUGGCAAGGCUUGCAGCAACUUGACCCAAAUACUGGACAACUGGAAAUUUGCCAUUUUAACUCGCAUGAAGGAGCUGCUCAUCAAUGACCACGCGUCCGUCCUUCCCGAAUACAGUCGGAUCGCUCCUCUGUCAGAGGCUCUGGGGGAGCUCCACAGACAGUUCAACGCCCUCAAGAAUGAUCUGGCGAGCCUCACCACAAAGUUAGAUGGCGUAGAGGCGUUCGUGGAAGGCAUCAAGGACGGCAGUUUCACACAGAGGGCUCGGCCCGGCGCCGGUUUGACGUUGGCCCAGAUGAGGUCGUUCCACCCAAGCAGAGUAAGAAGAAGGGGGCCACACAGACCCUAGUGUCAUUUUCUUCCCUUCUUCGUUGCAAUCAAUACAUACAUACUAUUCCAAUUCAGUUAAUUGUCCUGCUACUUCUUGUGUGCUUGCCUUGGCUACAGGGCCAAUAUAAACAUAAAUUAAUAACAGUCAUCAUUACUCUGUGACUGAGUAAGCUGCAAUAAAAUCGUUUUUUUCUUUGCAAAGGAUAAAGAAUAUAUGCCUGUGAGUGUAAUGAUGGUCAGCAGACGAGGUUCAAGUUUUAUGCGACUUUUUAAUAACAAUGUGGCAGAGCAGUAAAACAUGCUCAUUCUUACAGUCACUUCCUGGAACUCCCCCUUAUAGGCGGGACAUGCCAAUCAACUGGAGUAUUACAUAUCACAGUACAAACUUUCAUAAAGCACUACUCAUGUAAUAAUAGCCCAUUAUAUGACAGUGAGUAUUGUAAUGUUGUCUUUCACAUGUGGCACACAACUGUUAGUGCUUGGAUGAGGGUUUGUCCACCAUGAUGCUAUAUGUUUUACCAUGGCACUUUCCAAAAUGUGAGCUUGUGAGGCAUUCCUCAAGCAAAGUUGCACAAUUGUUCAAAUAAACAGGAGUUUAUACGUUAAAAUAUUUCUUGGAGACUGCGACUAUUAAAUGGUCUAUAUUCUGA